AUGUGGCGCCCAUUUUUAGCAAUAGCAGCUUUGCUUAAUCUCGCGGGCGCAUUCAGGGACUCGGAACCCACCGGCCCUUGGCCUACGGAGCUCUAUCGCACCUCUUCUGUCUUCGGCACAUCUACGUACUCUGUCCGCAGCAGUAAAGCUUGCAAAGAUGGUCUAUACACAUUUCUUUCUCCCCGCGGGGAGGGCGUCGCAGCGCGCGGCCCGACAAUCCUUGAUCAUGAGGGAGAGCUCGUGUGGACGACUGAAUCUAGUAGUACUUACGGGGCCGCAUAUAACCUAGAUGUUCAGGAGUACAAGGGGAAACAGUAUCUCACAUUCUGGGAGGGAGAUGACAAGGCCGGUGGUCAUGGCGAUGGUAUUAUCCACAUGAGGGGUUUCCCCCGUUGGGGAGAAUUUCAAAAAAAUCCCAAAGACCCGGGGGUUUUUACCGGUUAA